UUGGACAGACUUUUUCCGAAUUUUAAAGUUUUGUUUUUCUUCUUUUUGAUUAGGAAACUGUUCAAAUUGGGCUCUGUCUGAUCCUUCCCACUUGUCAACUUCCUACCUAUUCCUCCCCCUCGAGUCCGGGUACUGGGCCAGUCCAUCAGAUUGGCCCUCGGGUGACUCUUCCGACUGCGGGCACAACAGUGCAUGACACAACUCACUCGAUCACAGACCAAGGCCAUGGACCGGAAGCGGGAAAGACUGUUCACGCGGGAGACCGUGAUCGGCGAUGAGGCCGCACAUUGGGUGGAAGUGACAUCUGCAGACGGGGCCCCAGAGACAGAGAAAGGGCUGUCAGCCCUUGCGCAGGUCUCCCACGACCUCGUGGCCACCUGCGCUCUGCAGCAGGAGGAAAUCCUUCACUUGCAGCAGGCAGUGGACCAGMUGCUCGCACGGCUGCAGGCGUUGGAGAAACAACCAGUUGUUGUAGCAACCGCAGGGCCUUCCACCCUUACCACCUGUGUGCAAGUUUUGGAGGAUGACGUCAGCAACAUCAAGCGUGAGCAUCAGGACUUCCGGACGUCGCAGCAAGCAACGAACUCGCAGUUGGAGACGCAGGUCCAGGCUGCUGCCACCGUGACGCCCGCCGCUGCAUUCUCCCGGCGCCCACCCAAGGUGGAUGGCAUUCCCGUCUUCUGCGAUCAGUCAAAGACGGAACUGAUCCCGUGGUGGUGCCAAUUUACUCUCAGGCUCGACAUGUACCAUGUCCUGAACAACGAUCGACAUCCGUGCUUGUACCACCGAUCUGGUGGUGCGUGUAAAGCAUGGCUGGACAACAUCUUGACCAGCCACGGCGUAGCAGUGUCGGAACCGCACACCAAACUCACUUGGCAGGAGUUGACUGACGCUUGGCACAAGCGAUUCCAAGUGGAGCCCCCCGACCUGCAAGCGAUGGACAAGCUCAAYAAGCUCCAUCAGAACACGCUGCUCAGUCAGGACUGGAUUACCGAGUUCCAAAGACUCGCCUCCACMCCUGACCUGCCGCUCGCAUUCCGCGCCAUCAAGCACUUGUUUAUCAUGCGCUCGUGUCCARCUCUGCAAAACGCGCUGACGCAGAUUGCAGAGACACUCGACACAUCUGACAAGCUUUUCAGCRCAGCGUCACGGAUCAUUCUCACGAAUAUCGAAGCCCGCAACGUCGGCCGAUCUUCCGCGAUGACAAGCGGCACCCAGCCCAAGCCAAAGGUGACUUGCAUUACUUCUACCGAGGCUGCAACACCAAACGAGGGUGAAGUGUUGGCAGCUGCCUGGGAUGGUGGCCGGCCGCGCAACAAUCACGGCCGCGACAAGACGAAGACUCAGUCCACCUCUACACCGAGCACCGGAUCAGCCGCCGAUGAACCUUGGGCACAAUCUGGACUCUCGGCGAAUUCUUAUCGCACGAGACUUAAGUACUACGAAGUCGCGGUGGGGGAUAUGCUUGGCUACGUUGCCAAGGUGGCCCGCGAGUUUGUCCCGCAACGGUACGAAGAAAACAAUGCACCGUUGCUCUACGUUCGCAUUCAGAUUGGGCAAGCGGCCUGCAACGCUUUGCUAGAUUGUGGCGCAACUCGCAACUUCAUCAGCCAGUCCUUCAUGACUCGGGCUGGCCUUGGCGCACAAGAGUGGCCCGAGCCGAAGAAUGUGACGGACGUCCGAUCCUUCCUCGGCUUGGCCGGUUAUUAUCAGCGCUUCAUCAAGGGUUACUCGAAGAUCGCGGCCAACCUAAGCAAGUUACAAAGCGAGGAGCGGCCUUUUGACUUCGACGACAACGUGCGCCAUUCUUUUGAGACACUCAAAGCGGCACUCUUAUCCGCCGAGGUGUUACAUAUUUACGACCCGCUUCUAGCUACGCGCGUCACUACCGAUGCGUCGGGCUAUGGUAUUGGGGCCGUCCUUGAGCAGCACGAUGACACGGACUGGCACCCGGUCGAGUACUUUAGCAAGAAAGUACCUCCCAUGCAUUCGAUCGACGACGCACGGAAGAAGGAACUUCUUGCCGUCGUCCACACCCUCAAGCGUUGGCGACAUUUCCUCCUUGGUCGGAAARCAUUCCGAUGGGUAACGGAUAACAAUCCCUUGGUAUUCUACAAGUCGCAAGACACGAUUAACAGUACCAUUGCCCGUUGGAUGGCUUUCAUCGACCAGUUUGACUUUUUCCCCGAUCACAUUCCCGGAAAGUCAAACCGUUUUGCGGACGCCCUCUCACGGCGACCGGAUCUUUGCACCGUAGUCUACUCUACCUUCGAGAUCGACGACGACUUGCGGGAGAGCUUCAUCCGCGGCUAUCAAGCCGACCUCCACAUUCGCGACAAGUACGCGAAUCGCUCCUGUCCGAAUCCGGUGCCUUCGCAUUAUCGGAUCCAAGAGGGCUACUUACUUGUGCAUUCACAGGGUAAGGAUCUUCUUUGUGUGCCGAAUGAUUCAUACUUGCGCACACGGCUUCUUGGCGAGUUUCACGAUGCGCCCGCCUCCGGAUAUUUUGGUAUCAACCGUACACUUGGCCGACUUCGCCAGCGGUUCUAUUGGCCCGACCUUCUCAAGGACGCGACCCGCUAUUGUGAGUCGUGCGAAGUCUGUCGGCGUUGCAAGUCACACAACCAUCGUCCGUUCGGCGAGCUACACCCAUUACCWGUGCCCCUUGGGCGACGGGAAAUAAUUGCUAUGGUUAUCACCGGCCCCUUCCCAAAGCACAAGACCGGCGUUGAUGGGAUCCUCACGGUCGUCGACCGCCUCACCAAGUACGCCAUGUUUUUGCCUUGCCGCUAUCAUGCAAAGGCACCGGAGUUAGCCGAGGUCUUAUACACCGGUUGGAUUCGCUCCAAGGGCUACCCCAAGGAGAUCGUUUGCAACCGGGACACUCGACUUCUCUCCGACUUUUAGGUCCCCCUCGUCAAGCGAUGGGGCUCAUCUUUGAAGCCGAG